GAUCGCUUUCCAGCCUCUGGUACAGGGCAUGGUUUUCACCCUCUCAGUGCUCCAGGCCGUUGCUUGGGACAGCUUCACCGCGGCUGUGUACGAGCACUCGGUGAUCCUGCCAGCGCUCACCAGCAAGCCUCCCUCUCCCGACGAUGCUUUGGCAUUGAUGAACAAAAAUAUGGACAUCUUGGAAGGGGCCAUCAAAGCAGCCGCCCAGCAGGGUGCCCACAUCAUUGUGACUCCUGAAGACGGCAUUUAUGGCUGGCGUUUCACCAGAGAAUCCAUCUACCCCUACCUGGAGGAUAUUCCUGACCCAGAGGUGAACUGGAUUCCUUGCACUGAUCCCAAAAGAUUUGCUCCAGCUCCAGUGCAGGAACGACUCAGCUGUAUGGCCAGGAAUAACUCUAUCUAUGUGGUUGCAAACAUUGGGGACAAGAAGUCAUGUAAUUCUAGUGAUCCUAGUUGCCCCAGUGAUGGUCGCUAUCAGUACAAUACUGAUGUUGUCUUUGACUCAGAAGGGAAGCUGGUGGCUCGUUACCACAAGUAUAACCUCUUUAGAGGAGAAACUCAGUUUAAUUUCCCUAAAGAGAUGGAGACUGUCACUUUUGAGACACCCUUUGGGAAGUUUGGCAUCUUCACUUGCUUUGACAUACUUUUCCACGACCCUGCAGUGGUGCUGGUGAGGGAUUUACAGGUGGACACCGUGCUGUUCCCAACUGCUUGGAUGAAUGUCUUGCCUUUUUUGACUGCUGUUGAGUUUCACUCUGCCUGGGCUAUGGGCAUGGGUGUCAAUUUACUUUCAGCAAACACACACAACAUCGACUUGGCAAUGACAGGGAGUGGGAUAUUUACACCAGAUGGUCCCGUAGCUUAUCAUUAUGACACAGAAACUGAGAAGGGUCGUCUCCUGAUAGGACAGCUGAGCUCACGCCCCCGUCUUUCUCCUACCUACCCUCUUGCUGUCAACUGGAGCUUGUAUGCCACAAGCAUCAAAAAAUUUCCAGAAGAAAAAAACACUUUUACAGGAGCUGUUCGACGUGAUAUAUUCACUUUCAGUGAACUCACACACAGAGCUGGAAAUUAUACUGUUUGCCAGAGAGACCUCUGCUGUCAUUUGAUCUAUAGGAUGUCAGACAAGAGUAAAGAUGAAGUUUAUGUACUGGGUGCAUUUGAUGGUCUUCAUGGUUCUCUCAUAAAAUAUCAUUGGCAGGUAUGCACUCUGCUGAAGUGUAAGAGCACAGACCUGAAAAGCUGUGGGCAGCCCGUGGAGACUGCACAGACCAAGUUUGACAUGUUCUCCCUGAGUGGCACAUUUGGCACUAGCUAUGUCUUCCCAGAAGUCCUGUACAGCGGGGUUCAGCUGGCUCCCGGGGAAUUUGAGGUGCUACAUGAUGGACGAUUGAAAAGCAAGCAUAGCUCAUCAAAACCACUCUUAACAGUGACCCUUUUUGGAAGGUAUUAUGAAAAGGACCCACCGCAUCCACUGCGAAACUCCCCAUAAUGUGACUCCUUAAUUUUUAAACAGUCACCAUACACAGAAUAAGGUUUUCCUACUGUAAGGCAUUUUGCCAUGGGCUGUGGCAUUUACUCUAUGUCAUUCCUGUUCUGCAACCUUACACUUGUACUCAGCAGUCACAGUAGUUGAGUUUAGUUAGGAGAAAGCAAUGAUUGCUGUCUUUUGUGUACAUGUAGCAAUGAUACACAUUUUUUAGCAGUGCUUGAGCCAGUGUAGUUAUUUUUCAAUAGUGUAGGGAUGCUUUGUCAUAUGAAAUCUUUUUCCAAAAAUUUCCAAUCUUUUUUUUUCCCAAAAGAAAGAUGCACUGUAGGUCACCAGGGUAAUGCUAGUCAGAAAGCAGACAGUGAAAUGUGGAGUUUUCCAAUUUGCUGCAAUGAAAAUCUUCCCUGAAGGAGUAUUUCUAUCCCUGGUGCUUCUGCUUGACUGGCUUUCAGGCUGUAUAAGCACUUAAGGUCUGUAUUACUCAGCAUUACGCAGCAAUCAGUAAGGCCUUCCUAAAACUCAAUGGGCCUUGGCCCCGUUCUGACCAAGGGGGACUGUACCCUGAAAAGAAAAGCAGGUAUGAAAUGCUUUUAGGUGAAACCUUAGAGGGAAGAAGAGCCCCACAGAGGAUUUGAGUCCAGCCGAGCUCUGCAGAAAGCAGUGUCAGUUCUGGAGUCACUCUGAGCAUGCGUUGAUAUGGUGUAUACAUGCUUGGUUCAGUGCAUUUCAGGUCCAACUUAUUUUAUAAAUAUUAUAAAGUUGCUAUGUAAACACUAUUAAAUGUAUAAACUUGCA